UGGGCAGCGGGGGAGGGGAGAGGGUGUGCAUGAGUGUGUGUGUGUGUGUGUGUGUGUGUGUGCGCGCGUGCGAGUGUGCGUGAUGGCUUCGCAGAUUUGGGUUUUUAUCACCCAGCGGAGCCAGCAGCCACUUCGACACAGUGCCCUCACUGUAGGGACCCGCGGGGACGCAAAGGGAAAGCGGCGCGCUACGUGGCUGGGUUACCCCCGGCUCCAGGCCGAGCGUAGCCGGGACGACCAUGGACCUGCACGGCGGCCACCGGCUUGGCGCUCGGCCGCCCGCGGAGAAGCCCUGUCCGCCGGCGUGCUGACUGGCACGCCGCCCCUGCCGCCAGUGACCCCGGACACCGCCUCCUCCGUGCCACUCGCGCGCCGCCCGCGCGCCCAGCCGCCCCCGGGCCCCGGCCACGCUGCUCCCGGGAGGUGGCGGCUGGCCGGGGCCGGGGCCGGGCAUGGAUGGCCGCGACUUUGCACCGCCGCCGCAUCUGCUGUCGGAGCGCGGGAGCCUGGGCCAUCGCGGCGCCGCGGCCGCGCGCCUCGCCCCGUCUGGUCCCGCCACGCAGCCGUCAGCGCACUUCCAGCCGGGGAAAUACUUCCCAUCGCCUCUGCCCAUGGCUUCGCACACAGCCAGCAGCCGCCUGAUGGGAAAUUCUCCAGCCUCCUCUUUUAUGGGCAGCUUCCUCACCGGCAGCCUGGGCUCGGCAGCUUCCACGCACCCCAGCGGCCCCACCUCUGCCCCCUCUGAGCAGGCCUACCGAGGCUCCCACCCUGGCACCUCCCAGAUCUGGUUCUCCCACUCCCAUGAAGCUCCGGCGUACCCCAGAUUUUCGGGGAGUCUGGCAUCCACUUUCCUACCCGUGAGCCACUUGGAUCACCAUGGAAACAGUAAUGUUCUCUGCGGGCAGCAUCGUUUCUAUGGAACCCAAAAAGAUAACUUCUACCUGCGCAACCUGCCCCCGCAGCCCACGCUCCUGCCUGCCAACCACAACUUCCCUGGUGUGGCCCGGACUGCGCCUGCUCACCCCAUCGGCUCCUGCAGCCGUGACCGGGCUGAGGCUGGGCCCUCUCAGAAAGGCCCCAAGGAGUUUGACGGCUUCCUCAUGGGCAAAGAAAUGGGCAAAGAGAAGGCCAGCAAGGUGGCAGAAGGCAGGGAGCGACCGGCAGCAGAGGAGGACAGCAGCAAGGAGCGGCCCAAGCUGGUGCCCAUGCCAGCUGAUGGGCCCUGCAAAGAGGGUGGCCCAGUGCCCCGGGGCUCCUGUGAGGGCCGCCCCAAACACCCCGCCUCCUGCCUCCUCAACGCCAAGGUGCUCAAUGACGACCUGGGCAAGGCCCCACUGGCCAGCUGCACAGGGGCUGUGCUGGGCCGGCCUGGCGUCAGCGUGGCAGCCUCUGGACGCUGCGCCAAGGAGCCAGUGGGCCACACAGAGCCCGGGCCAGCCUUCAGCGAGUGCCUGGAGCGGCGACAGAUGCUGCACCACACGGUCCCCUACACGGUGCCCUCUGGCCUGCCCACCGGGCCACCCCCGCCCCUCAGCACGGCCUCUGGCUCCUUCCCCUGCCUGCAGCUGCACGCGGGCCCAGAUGGGCUCUGUCCACUGCAAGACAAGGUCCCCCGAGACCUCAAGGCCAGCAGGCCCACCUUUGUGCCUUCUGUGGGACACCUGGCCGAUAAGAGCCGCCCCUUCCAGGCAGCUGAGGCCUGUGCUGUGGCAGGGGAGGGCAAGGACCGACACCUAGACGGGGCGAUGGCCCCUGACCACGUUGUGCCCUAUGGGGUCUCCUAUGCCCACCUGAAGGCCGAGGGCAAGGUCGAGCGGCGACCUGGAGGCUUUGAGGCAGCCCUGAACCCCCGACUGAAGGGCCUGGAGUAUCUCAGCACUGGCCCCGAGGCCCCCUUUCCUGGACUCCCCAAAGCCAGUCUGGAUAAAAGUGGCUACUUCGAGUUGCCUGCCCCUUCCCAGGACUGUGCUCGGCCCCCUCACCAGGACCCACUGGGCGGGAAAGCCACCCAGGCCUGCUGCACUUUAGACAAAGCCGUCAACAAGGAGGCUCCCGCCGGUGCCCCCGGGGGCCAGAAGGUGGCCCGGAUCCGGCAUCAGCAGCACUUGGUGGCCCCUGAAGUUGAGCCCGGAGGCAGCGGGGCUGAGGCCAAGCGUAAGUCCCUGGAGCUGGCGUCUCUGGGCUAUGGCGGGCCUCACUUGCCCCCCUGGAGCAUCCAGGCGGGUCAGGCCACCACCAUGGCCAUCAGUGAGGAGCGCAAGGGCAGUGCCUACCUGGACCCCUUCGGCAGUGGCCUGCAGCAGGCAGCCCUCCUGCCCCAGGAGCUGCCUACCCCACCGGACGAGGUCUCCGCCAUGAAGAACCUGCUUAAAUAUAGCAACCAGGCCCUCGUGGUGGGCCAGAAGGCUCCCUUCGUGGGUCUGGGUGGCCUCAAAGCCAGCUGUGUCCAGCAGGAAUUGAAGUUCCCGGCCUCCAAGGGCCCAGGCUCGGUAGAGAGGCCUGACUGUGCCCGCAGCCGGGAGCACGACACCCCACACGGAGAUGGGGAGGUGCGGCAGCCCCCUGUGGGCAUCGCAGUGGCCUUGGCCCGGCAGAAAGACACAGCGAGCCGGCCCGAGACGGGCUAUGGCACUAACAGUGGGCGGCAGGGCCGGGCAGCCACCGCCUUCAAAGCUGGUGGGGGCCCCCGAGCCACACAUGCGCUGGACCUGGAGAGUGAGGAGGAGAAGACGAGGCUGUGUGAUGAGCGCCUGGGCCUGGCCGGCCGUGAGCUGCUGCUACAGGACAACAAAGACCUCGUGGAAUUUGCCCGGAUCCAUCCCUCAAGCAGCUGCCCCGGAGACCUGGCCCCCCACCUCAUGAUGCAGGGGGGCCAGCUGGGCAGGGACCCAGCCUCCCACCCCCAUCCUGCCCACCCCCCCUGGCUGCCACGAACCCGCAGCCCCUCCCUGUGGAUGGGGGGACAUUCCUAUGGCCUGGGGCACCCCGCCCUGCACCAGAACCUGCCCCCUGGCUUCCCUGCCUCUGUGCCCGGCUCCAUGCCCUCUGUCUUCCCGCUCCCCCAAGACACCCCCACACAGCUCGUGAUCUUGCCCUCGGAGCCCACACCCCACGCAGCCCCCCAUGCGCUUGCUGAUGUCAUGGACCAGGCCUCGCUGUGGCCCCCGAUGUACGGGGCCCGGGCGCCGGCCUCCCACAUGCAGCACCCUGGCCAGCUCCCUGUUUACGCACGCUCUCAGCUGCUGCGACAGCAAGAGCUGUACGCCCUGCAGCAGCAACAGCAGCAGCAGCAGCACCAGCAGCAGCACCAGCACCAGCUGCAGCAGCAGCAGCAGCAGCAGCAGCAUCGGGCCGCCCAGGCCCUGGAGAUGCACCGGGCCGCCCAGCUCCAGCGGAAGUCCGAGGACAGCCACCUGGAGCUGGAGGAGCCCACCCGGGAAAAGGCCCUGACGUCCAGCCACAAGCCAGUUGCCUUAGCCCCCAUGGCCAAGGGCGCCCCCUCGCCCAUGGCUGCAGGCCCGGUCAAGCUCUCCCCCUGUUGCCACUCACCCGCCCUGAAGCCCCCGGCCAGCUGCCCCACACCACCUCCUCAUCCCAGUGCCCCCUGCACUUUAUCCAUCUGCCCCGCCAGCAGCCCCGGGCCCAGCUCUAAGGUGCCCAGUGCCGAGGACGAGAAUGGGCAGUGCCGGCAGGCCGGGGCCGACCUCACCACAUUGGAACCAGACCUGCCUCCUGGACACCUGCACCCUAUGGCGGGCAUGGGCUUCUCCUCCCUGCCCUCAUCUGAACUCUCGGGCCCCAAAACUAUGCAAACCGCUGCCACAGGGCCCCAGCCUGAGCCUGCAAGGACGUUCCUGCCUGGGGAGCUGCCCCCACAUAGCCCUGGGAGCCUGGAGGCACCUGGGCUUCUCUCAGGGGCCAGGGAGGCCACACCAGACCUUGCUGCCACUCCCCACCCUGCCAAGCAGGGACCCCAGGAGAAGGCAGAGAACCCCAGCCCACUUGAGGGGCUGCAAGAACUGAGAUUUGGGGCCCUCCUCGAGGGAGGGGCCCCCAAGGCCACUGGCCAGGCUCAUUCUACUCAGGGAGGGGCACAAGAGGAAAGCACCAGGGCGGAGGGGACACAGGGGUCCCCAUUGGGGGUCUCCCCCCAAGCUCCAGAGCAGCAAGCAGGGAGCCUGGAUGCCCUGGAUGAGGACAAGGAAGAUGUGCUGCAGGCCCCAGAGGAGGCCUCACUGCAGGAGGAGCCCCAGCUGGAGGAGGAGAACAUGGGGGACUCGGAGGAUGACUGGGGGGCUCCCAGCAGCAGCCACCCACUCAGGGCACUGCCAGGCCUGGAUGCCUUGGUGGCUGCCACUGUGCACCUAGGGGACCUGCCUAGCGUCAACGUGCCGGAUCCUCAGCCCUCGAUGGCCUCUGGGCCCCGCAGCGAGGCCCCUCGGCCCCCCAGCUCAGGGAUUCACGGGAUUGCCCUGCUCAGCGAGCUGGCCGACCUGGAGAUCCAGCGGCAGAGGAGUGAGCUGGCCACACAAGCAGAAGACGAGGACGUGCUGGCCUUCAACCUGCAGCACCUAGCCACGCUGGCCACAGCCUGGUCCCUGGUGGAGGCCGCCAGCCUGGACAGCACAGUGGCUUCUACCCAGCCCCCAGCUGCCGACCUUCAUGGUGGCCCCAGGCUCACACCCCGCAUGCAGAUCCUACAGCGCAAGGACACCUGGACCCCCAAGACCAAGCCCGUCUGCCCCCUGAAGGCCGCCAUCGACCGUCUGGACACCCAGGAGGUGGAGAUGCGCGUACGGCUGGCAGAGCUGCAGCGGCGCUACAAGGAGAAGCAGCGGGAGCUGGGUCGCCUGCAGCGUAGACAUGACCAUGAGAGAGAAGAAGGUUCCCGCAGCAGCCCGGCAAGGCGGGGUCCUGGCCGGCCGAGGAAGCGCAAACACUCCAGCUCGCUGCCUGCCUUGCGGCCUGGGGGCCAGCUCUCCAGGAGUGAUGGCAAGAAAGCCAAGACAGUGCGGGCCAACUUGAGCCUGCUGUGUGCAGAGCUUCAAGGCAGCGAAGAGCCCAUGAAGAAGCGGAGCAAGCUGGAGAAGAGCGUCUACUUGGGCCUGCAGACGGCCUCUGCGGAGAAGAUUCGGUGUAAGAAAAGCAGCAGCCAGGGCGAGCUGGCAUCCUCGGUGGCCCACAGGGUGGCUCAGCUGAAGCCGAAAGUCAAGAGCAAGGGGCUGCCUACUGCCCUCAGCCCCUUCCCUCGGAAGGAAGCCGCCCCAGGUGGGCGCAUCCGGAAGAAGCUGUCCCGAACCAAGAAUGCCAAGGUGUCUGGGGCAGCCCAGCACGCGCAGCCUGAUGGUGAUGGUGUCAGGGAGAUGCCCAGGUUCCCAGCCCAGCCAGCGGGAACUGUGGCACAUGAGCCAGGCAGUGGCUCUGACAGCGAGGACUGCCAGGCGCUCCUGGGGACAGAGGCAGCCCCCAAGGACCCCAGGCUGGUGCUGCACCCUGGGGCUGGCGUGGCCGUCCUGGGACCCUCGCCCUCCUCUGUGGUCAAGAUGGAAGCCAACCAGAAGGCCAAAAAGAAGAAAGAGAGGCAGGGCCUGCUAGGGGCCUGCCGCCUGUCCAGCCCCGAGAGCGAGGUCAAGAUCAAGAGGCGGGCAGUGAAGGCCAAGGUGGGCGCCAAACUAGAGCGGGCCCCGGGGCGGCGGCCCCCAGGUGCACCGGGCAAGAAGAAAGCCAAGGGCAAGGCCAAAGGCGGCCUGAGGGCAGAGCCGGGGACUGGCGCCAGCAGGGACCCUCUCUUCAGCCCCACCCGGGCCUUCGCCUGCCGAGACGAAGGCAAAUUGGCCAGUGAGCGCCUCAAGAGAGCCACACGGAAGAGCACCAUGCUGCAGCCGGUACUUCGGCGGAAGAACGGGGCUCUGUCCAUCACGCUGUCAGCCCGCAACGCCAAGGCCAUCCUGGGGAAGGGCAGGAAGCUGGGCAAGGUGAAGAGCAAGACCGUCAGCAAGCAGGGCCAAGGUCGUGCCGUGAGCCAACUGCUAGAGAGCUUUGCUGUGGAGGAUGACUUCACCUUCGACCACGACAGCAGCUUCUCAGAGGAGGAUGAGGAGCAAGAAGGGGAGGAGGAAGAGGCAUCCAGGGGCUUGCUGAGCGUUGAGCAGAGCGCUGCUCUGGCACGCUCCUGCACCAUCCACAAAGAAGACCUGCAGGAUGGGCUGCCCGUGCUCAUCCCCAAGGAGGACAGCCUGCUGUAUGCCGGCAGCGUCAGGACCCUGCAGCCCCCUGACAUUUACAGCAUUGUCAUCGAGGGUGAGAGAGGCAACCGGCCCCGCAUCUACUCACUGGAGCAGCUCCUGCAGGAGGCGGUUCUUGAUGUCCGGCCACAGUCCAGCCGGUACCUGCCACCGGGCACCCGAGUCUGCGCCUACUGGAGCCAGAAGUCUCGUUGCCUCUACCCAGGCAACGUGGUCCGAGGUGCCUCCGGUGAUGAGGAGGAAGACCUGGACUCCGUGCUGGUGGAGUUCGAUGAUGGAGACACGGGCCACAUUGCCGUCUCUAACAUCAGACUGCUUCCUCCAGACUUCAAGAUCCAGUGUACAGAGCCCUCUCCAGCCCUGCUGGUGUCCAGCAGCUGCCGGAGAACCAAGAAAGCAUCCAGCGAAGCCCCCCCACCUAGUGAAGCCCCCACCCCCAGCCUGUCCCCCAAAGCGCAGGAUAGUUCCGAAGCAUCAAAGACUUCCGGGAAGAAAUCUGUCGGCAAGGACAAAGCUGGCAAAACUGACCUCCUCACCUCAGGUGCCAAAUCCCCCUCGGGGGCCUCAGACCACUUCCUAGGCCGCCGGGGCAGCCCCCUGCUCAGCUGGUCAGCAGUGGCACAGACCAAGCGGAAGGCAGUGGCUGCAGCGGCCAUGAGCGCCAAAGGCCCAGGGGUGCUGCAGAACCUCUUCCAGCUCAACGGCAGCACCAAGAAGCUGCGGGCCCGCGAGGCCCUGUUCCCUGUGCACAGCAUGGCCGCACCUGUGUUCGGCAACGGUUUCCGGGCCGACUCCUUCAGCAGCCUGGCCAGGUCCUAUGCACCCUUUGUUGGUGGGACUGGGUCAGGCCUGCCUGGGGGCAGCCACAAGCUUCUACGGGCCAAGAAGGCUGAGCGAGCGGAGGCUGAGAAGGCCGGGCGACGCCGGGUGGGCAGCGAGUUUCUAGUCAAACUGGACCACGAGGGAGUGACCUCCCCCAAGAACAAGAGCUGCAAGGCACUGCUUGUGGGCGACAAGGACUUCGGCCCCAAGCUGGGGCGGCCCUUGCCUAGCCCCAGUUACGCACAUCCAGCCCUCGUGGGCAAGGACAAGAAAGGGCGGCCGCCCGUCCACCCGCUGCCCAUGGGGCUGGCGCUGCGCAAGUACGCAGGCCAGGCCGAGUACCCCCUGGCCUGUGAUAGUGACUGCCCCAGCUCCUACUCAGAGGAGGACGAGGAUGGGCCGGAGCUGGCUGCCGGCGUGCCCUCCCGCUUCCUCACCCGGCUCUCCAUGUCCUCCUCCUCCUCGGGCUCGUCCACUUCCUCCUCCUCGGGCUCUGUGUCCACCUCCAGCCUCUGCUCCUCAGACAACGAGGACUCCUCUGACAGCUCAGACGAUGAGGACCCGGCCCUGCUGCUGCAGACCUGUCUCACCCACCCCGUGCCUGCCCUCCUGGCCCAGCCCGAGACCUUGCGCUCCAAGGGCGGCAGCCCCCAUGCCCAUGCCCAGCGCUGCUUCCUGUCCAGGGCCGCAGUGGCCAGUGCGGGCGCCGGCCCAAGUGUUGGCAAGUCCAAGCUCAAGCGCAAGGAGGCCCUGAGCUUCUCCAAAGCCAAAGAGCUUUCCCGGAGGCAGCGGCUGCCCUCCGUGGAGAACCGGCCAAAGAUCUCGGCCUUCCUGCCUGCCCGGCAGCUGUGGAAGUGGUCCGGGAACCCCACACAGAGGCGGGGCAUGAAGGGCAAGGCCAGGAAGCUGUUCUACAAGGCCAUUGUCCGGGGCAAGGAGACACUGCGCGUCGGGGACUGUGCAGUGUUCCUGUCGGCUGGGCGGCCCAACCUUCCCUACAUCGGCCGCAUCGAGAGCAUGUGGGAGUCCUGGGGCAGCAACAUGGUAGUGAAGGUCAAGUGGUUCUACCACCCUGAGGAGACCAAGCUGGGGAAGCGGCAGAGUGAUGGGAAGAACGCGCUGUACCAGUCCUGCCACGAGGACGAGAACGACGUGCAGACCAUCUCCCACAAGUGCCAGGUGGUGGGCCGCGAGCAGUAUGAGCAGAUGACCCGGGGCCGCAAGCACCAGGACCGGCAGGACCUCUACUACCUGGCAGGCACCUACGACCCCACCACUGGGCGCCUGGUGACGGCCGAAGGUGUGCCUGUGCUGUGCUGAGCCCACUGAGGCCUCCCGCCCUCCCCAGGCCCGCAUGUGGAGGUCAGGCUGAGCCAGGGGUAAGUCUGAAAAAAUAUGCAACCCCACUGAGGCGACACCAGGCUUUUCCACGACUGUCCCUGGAAAGAGCACCCUUGGCGUGGACUCGGGUCCCAUCCUGUCUGCCAUGGAGGGUCAGGCCGGCCCUCGAGGCCCUGCUGCUCUGUUUUCCCACGUCACAGUUCUCAAGAGAUUAGAACCCAAGCCAUAUACCCCUAGUACCUCCGACUGUCUCCCACCAGGGAAAGCAGAAAUCAGGUGUGUUGUCUAUUUAUUUCUCUAUGUAAAUAUUGUAUUUCCAUGGGGAAGUUUUAUGGAAAAAAAGUGGAAAGGCUUUUUCCCCACCCGCGUGACAUGGGUGUGCGUGUGUGUGUGUGUGUGUGUGUGUGUGUUUGCGUGCGCACGGCGGUUUUGUUCUGGAAUUACCUUUGGAAAUGCACUGUUCUCCUCAGCCUAGCUGAGUCCCCCGGGGCUUAGGGGGCCUAGGCCAUAGGAUGGCUGGAGGGACCCUUGCUGCCCGGCAGCCUCUGGGGCCUGACUGUAAAGCGAAAGGCACGCUCGCCUUUGCUUCAGUACAUCCUGUGUUGGGCUCGGGGAUGGUGAUCCGGGAGAAGGGAUUCUGACAACAAGAAAAAAACCAGGAUCAGCCUGUCCCCCACUCUGGGAAGGACUGCAGCCAUGUGUAUCUUACCUCUACUUAAGACAAAAACGAACAAAUAUUUUAUUUAUCAAUAAGAAAAAGUGAUGUUUUGGAUUUAUUUCCUAAGUAUUCCAAUUAUUUCUGAUUUCUGUUUCCUUGGCCAGUUUUCCCCAAGCAGAGCAAUUGGGCCCCAGCCCCUGUGCCCCGUGCCCUGUGGCCCCGCCGGAUUGCCCUUCACCCCCUUCCCUUUCCAGGGAGCAGCAGGGCUGCAGUGGUGGGGUGGCUGGACCAGGCCUUCUGGGCUGGGGCUGGACCGCAGUCCCCCACUCCUUCCACACCACAGGGCGGGCAGUGGCUGUGAAAGACACCCUUUCCCGCCUGACCCCUUCCCCUGCCUCGCUCUCACUGAUGACCACGCUGGCCCUGGGAGGGGGCUGGCACCCUCAGACCCCCCUGCCCACCCCCUGGUGCUUUCUGGGCCUUCUCUGCAGCCACUUGCCAGCCCUGUCCCCAAGAGCCCAGGAGAGGCCGGCACCCUCCCGUCCCCCACAGAGAGCAGGCCAGUCCCACCACCUGGAGACCCCACCCACCCCACAAGGCCUCUGCCCUGCGGGAGCUGCAGGGAAGCCCCCGGGAGGCGAGAGGUGUGCAGGCACCCACUGGAGCCCCGGCCUCUAUUCCCUGCUCUGGCCAGUCAGGAGCACCCCACCCUGGGGCCUUGUUUUCCCCAAAGCGCCACUCCUGGCGGCUCCACUGGAACCCAAGGGUGGGGAGGGGGACCCUACACCCACCCCAAGUCUGCCCUGUGUCCCGCUCGAGUGCAAUAUUUCAUUCCUGGUGGUGCCUGGGGAGAUGGCCCUCGGUGCCCCUCACAGCUGAGGAACCAGAAAGUCGUCACGUGGAGGCAAAGGCCCAGCUGCCAGCCUGGGAUCUGCGCUGGUCUGGCCUGAGUGCAGGGACAGAGGCUGCUUUCCUGGCCACCUCUUUGCCUUCAGCCAGGCUUUCCCCUUCGUUUGUAUUUUUCUUUUCUCUUUUCCCUCCCUGUCUGUGUGCGUGCGGGCAGUGUGACCCCCCCUUCUCCGUGGUUAAACGUGGCGGAAGCACGAUUCUUGUACAUGUGUAAACUAAGAGGAUGGUUGGAUUUUUUUUCAAUGUAAACACUAAAAACACAAAGGUUUUAUGAACAGCAAACUCUAUGUAAAGGCAUUUUAGUAUUAAAUUUUUUAUUGAUAACUUGCUUAAGAAUAAAUAUAUGGACUAUUGUACAGGU